AUGAACAGGCUCUGGAACCUGUGGCGUGUGGAGCCCCCGCCGGGCCCCCCGAUGUGGGUCCCCAUCCUGGGCCAGCUGCAGAGGACCCUGCGCCAGGGCGACUACCCGCCCCUCCGCCCGCUGCCCAUGUUCGAGAGUGACUUUGUCCAGGUCACCAGCAGAGGGGCCCCGGUGUACGUGCACCACAGCAGCAACCACCUGACCAUGGGCGUGGCCGCCUCCCUGCCCAGCGCCCCGCUGCCCGACCUCCUGCUCAUCGCCCGGCCCUCGGAGGACAGGGACUGCCCCCACCUCCUUCUGUCCAGGAUGAUCCCGCUGGCCCUGGUCCGCCUGUACGUGCACAACCAGCCGGCCCGCUGCCUGAAGCUGUGCCUGCUCACCGGCCGCUACUACUACCUGGAGCUGAACGCCCCCGACCGGGAGAAGGCCUUCCUGUUCCGCCGCUGGGUGCGCCUCAUCAGCCUGCUGCGGGAGGCCCCCGCCCCCGGGGCGCCCGGGGCCCUGAGCACCCCGCCCUCCGAGCUGGCCCAGGCCACCCCGCCCGCCUCCACCUGGCAGCUCCAGGACCAGCCCCACAGCAGACGCUCCGCCACGGCCGCGGGUCCCCGCAAGAUGCUGGCGGCCCCGAAGCAGAAGGCCCAGGCGCGCAGGCCCGGGCCGGACCGCGGGGCGCUGCGCCCCGAACCCUCCGCGGCCGCCCCGCCCAGCCGGGGCCCAUUCCGGUCCCGGGCGGUGGGCGACUCGGUGCCUCUGGUCUGGUCGCAGCUGGAGGCUCUGGGCUCGGGGAAGAGAGGCGGGGAGAAGAAGUCCCACCCGGACCCCGGCCACGGCUCUCAGACCACACCCUCCUCUGCGCCCCCACUGACCGGCCGGGAACCCUCCGCCCCAGCGAGGCCCAGCGUCACCAUCAGGACCAUCUUCAGCAUCUUUUCCAGAUCCUUCAGCCCAUCGCUGUCCUCCUCCCAGGGAUGCUCAGCGGACAGGGCGGCCAUGCCUGGCGGUUUGGCUGAGGCCCCUCCAUGCUGCCUCUCGCACGGCCCUGAGGCCUCCCUGCUGGUCUCCUACAAGCAGCUGUACGUGCAAGAGACCCUGGGAGGCCUGGCAGAUCCCGACUCCUGCUCCCUCGGCCCUGCCGCCUACCCGCCCGGCUCCUACCCGCCUGCCGGCCCCGCCUCUGGCCCCAGGCAGGAUGGCCAGCCCAGGCCCCCGCGCCCCGUGCAGACACCGCGGCCCCCGCCCGCCCAGAGGGCCCCCCUCAAGCGCCCCCAGAAGGCCCCGGCGAAGAAGACCCCGGUUGUGGCCUCCGCCCCCCGGAAGGCCCCAGCCCCUCCGCAGACCCCACGGGUCCCCGCCGCUCCCCAGAAGACCUCGUCCGCUCCUGUCCUCUGCCCGGAACCCCUGUCCCUGCCGACCCCAUCGUCCCAGGCGCUGACGCCCCGCACCCGCUACCGGACGGCCUGGGACUCCGCGGCCUCGGGCGCGGGGCCCGCGGGCAGCCAGCCCUCGGGGAAGACGGAGCCCCUGAUGCUGGUGGGCGCGCAGGAGGCCGAGGUCCCGGAGGUGCGGGCCCUGGACGGCCUGAGGGGCAGGGGGCAGGUGGAGGACCGGGUCCGCAGCUGCAGGGAGGAGCGGCGGGUGGACCUGCCCGGCUUCCAGUCCCAGGCCACGGGGCAGCGGGGGGAGUGGGUGAGGUCGCAGCAGCUGGCCGUGGACGGGGCCCCGGGGCCCAGACCGAUGGGGCUGCCGUCCUGGCUGUUGAUGUCCCAGGUGUCUGCGGGGUCAGCCCGGGGCCCGGAGUCCCUGGGCCGCAGACGGGUGUCCAUGGCGGAGGGAUCCCCGGGGGGUGUUCGGGGAGCCCCGACAGCGCCCCGGGUGGGCUCCUGGGUGGAGGGGGGCGUGGGUCUGUGGGUGGAGGAGACGCGGAGGGCGCAGGCGUCGGAGGCGGAGCCCGAGAAGCUGCCCUGGGCCCAGAGGGGCCCUUUCGCGCUGGACCCCCGCGCCCCGAGCACCCCCAGGAGCUCCAAGGUGGACAGAGUCUCGGAGGCCCCCAUCCCCCUGCCCGCGACGAGGUGGGAGGACCUGGUGCCGCCGUCGCCCACCGUGCUGACCCCCAUCUCACAGAUGGAGGCGGCCAGGGCGCCCCUGAAGCUCAACAGAGACGCUGUGGGGACCCAGGAGGGGGGGUCGGGCCAGGGCCCCGUGGCCAAGGCGGGGCUGCCCCCGGAGACGGGCGUGCCCAAGCUCCUGGAACUGGAGAAGAUGGGGAGCGUGGCCGGCUGGAUGCGGCAGAGCAAGGAGAGCCCGCAGGUCCUCAGGCCCUGGCCCAGUGUGCUUACUGAGUGCCUCCUGCCCUCUCCCCAGCAGGCACUGAGCCCAGCGCCUCCCGUCGCAGGAUCCCAGAUGCCACUCAAUCCCUACGUGGUCCAGAGUGAUCGAGUGUGGCCAGGCCCCAGGCGCAGUGCGCUCGACUCCAAGAAUCCGGAGGCUGGCCAGGCCGAGCGGAGGGCCUCGGGGCUGCCGUAG